GUGUGUUUGCAUAGAUAUAUACGGAAUGCACAUUACGAAACCGGAGUUUAAGAUUGAGAAACGAAUAACAAUGCCGACAGAUACGAGUCAAACGACACAGAUGCACUUCAUCCAGAAGUACUGGAGAGUCACCAAUAACUAUCACUUUCAUCCCAGGUACUCCUACCCUGGCUAUGUUCUGACCAUCACCAUGACACCACAUUUUCACACCUUGAGUGUUGAUCCGGGUAUCAUAAUUUUACUCCUGACAGUCAACUCCAAUGGACCCCAGAAAUCUACACCAAUGCAUGAUGUUGCUCUCUGUUUUUUAAGGCGACACAGGUCUGGUCUACGCAAGACUACACCAUAAUAUUUGUGGGUUUCUGUUUUUUUUUUGGUAUUCUAUAUAUCUCACGUUUUGGUUCGGUUUAGUAUGUCUUUCAUAUAAAUAUAUUUAAUUUUAGAAUUAAGAUUAUUAUUUCGCGACUAAUUUAAGAAUAACAACAGAGACUUUACUUAUAUUGUGAUUCAAUGCUCAGAGUAAAGUCUCAUAUGUAAAAUUUUAUUUGACUGGGAAAAGGUUUCGCCUUUUGAUUCAUUCCACCACACUGUUGAAUGAACCUAUGAGCGAAACUUGAAGUCCAAGUCAAAUCGAUUAAACCCAUAUAUAUGACUGUAUGUGUUUCCUCGAUACAAUCGUAUAUAUGUGAGUAUAUGCUUUUUAUUAUUAUUCUUUGAAUGAAGGUACGGAGCAGGAAGACUCGUUAGUACACCGGGCAAAGCACUUCGCGGCAUUUCUUCUGACUUUCCGUUCUGAGUUCAAAUUUCACCGAGAUUGACUUUGCCUCUCAUUCUUUUGAAGGCGAUGAAAUAAUUACCGCUCAAUUCCUGGGGUCGAUGUAAUUAAUAAAUCCCCUUCUCUAAGAUUUAAAGCCUUGUACUUAUUUCAGAAAGGAAAGUCACUUUACAAAAAGCAAAACUUCAUUGGGGAUUUUCCUGACGGUAAAAUAUAGUUUCACAUCAUGAAUUUCAGUAAAUUUAUGCAUAUUUAUG